AUGAGUGACCGCGAGGGCCCCGCGGUACCGUUCGCGGCUGGUAUGGCGGUGGGCGCGGUUCUGACGGCCCUGGGCUUCAAGCUUUUCUCCAAGUGUCCCAAGCCAUGCGGUCAGACGCAUCAGAUCGGGGCCAAGCCCAAGUGCGUUUGCGAGAAGGGAGGCAAGGACGAUAGAGAGUAUAUCGACGCUGACAUUCCU